AUGACGGGGACAAUCAAGUGGGAGUCGAUCCUCGAAGCCAAGACUAAGAAGUUUGUCAUCUCGACGUGGGGCAGAAGCUACUGGCGCCUGCACGAUCGCCUACUCGUGACCGCCAAGACCAAGGCCGACGUCGACGCCCGCCACCACGUCAAGCACUACACGGUGAUCGAGGGCUGCACUUGGCAAGGGCAUGAGAUGGGUUUCCGCGUAGCGACCAAGGAAGCGGGCUGGCUGCACUUUCGAGCCGGCUCCAAAGCCGAGUGGGCCCAUUGGAUUCACGCUCUCUUGAGUCUUCCAAUAAUCAAGGUACGUGCUAUACCAACGACGAGCUCCAACUCGAACUCGACGUCCACGGCCUGUGACGACGACGACGAGGUUGGGAGUUCGCACUUGGUUUCGUUUGCCGGUACCAUCCGUGUGCGCGAGAUUCCCGCCAUGACCGACGACGAAGCCGAUGACCUCUUCUACACCAAUGUCGAGAUUCAAG